ACGCGCGCUGGAGGAGAGUUUUGAAGCUGAGAGCGCGCGGCGUGUUCGCAACUGUCACGGCGGCGGCGGCGGCGGCGGGAGGAGGAGGAGGAGGAGGGGGAGAACGGGGCAGAAGAGAGCACGGACGGGGCUCAGAGAGCAGUUCAAGUUGUCAUCAUGGCAACUGAUGUUGGAUCUAAACCUGAAAUAAAGGAAUUUAAGGAAACUGAGCAAGAUCAGCCUCAAGACUCAAAUCUGAAAGAUUCAGUCAAUGCAAAACAAGAACAGAAUGACACUAAGGAAGACCAGCAGUCAGUGUCUACAGAGCAACUUGUUUCUGAACAUGAACCAAGUUCCCCUUCAACUUCAACUGCAAGUCCAUCCAGCAGUGAGAGAAAGGAGCAGUCAGGAGGGAAAGGACUAUCACGUUUCUUGCCUGGAUGGCUAAAGAAGCAGAAAUCGCUGACUCUGGUGCAACCUAUAGAAGACAAAGUGGCCGAGAACACCAAUGACACUCCACCUGAAGAAAGCGAGACUCCACCUGAAGAAUGUGAGCCUCUACCUGAAGAAAGUGAGCCUCUACCUGAAGAAAGUGAGCCAGUAGAAAAAGAACAGCUGGAGCUAGUGAAGAUUCCAUGUGAGAGUGAAAUGGUGAAGGAGGCGGUGCCUACAGCGGAAGUGAUUAAGGUGGAUGAUAGGGAAGAAGAGUGUCCAUUGAGCUCUGCGGAGAUACAGCCUGCUAAAGAGGAGAAAAAUGCAGCAGGAACUUUGGAAAAGGAUACAGACUUGAAGAGUGAAGAGAUAACCAUUGAAGAGAAAGGAAGUGGGGAGCCUAAGAAAGAUGAUGACAGCAACAAAAAAUCACCUCUGAAAAUUCCAAAAAUGAUGAAGGCUGUGCAGUGCAAGGUACUCAUGCUGGAUGGUUCAGAGUACACCUUCGAAAUUGAGAAAACGUUCAAAGGCCAGCUACUGAUGGAUAAAGUGUGUGAGCAAAUCAACUUAUUAGAAAGGGAUUAUUUCGGCCUCACCUUUCGGGAUGCUGCAGACCAAAAAAAUUGGUUGGACCCUGCCAAAGAAAUCAAGAAACAAAUUAGAAGUUGGCCAUGGCAGUUUGCAUUCAAUGUAAAAUUCUACCCUCCAGAUCCUAUACAGCUGACUGAAGACAUCACAAGGUAUUACUUGUGUCUUCAACUCCGUCAAGAUAUCAUAUCUGGCCGUUUACCAUGUUCUUUUGUAACUCAUGCCCUCCUUGGUUCUUUCACCUUGCAAGCUGAACUUGGGGACUAUGACGAAGAUGAACACAGAGCAGAUUAUGUUUCAGAGUUCCAGUUUGCUCCAAAUCAUACAAAAGAAUUGGAAGAAAAAGUGGUUGAACUUCAUAAAACACACAGGGGUCUAACUCCAGCACAAGCUGAUACUCAAUUUCUGGAAAAUGCCAAGAAACUCUCCAUGUAUGGUGUAGAUCUGCACCAUGCCAAGGAUUCAGAAGGAGUGGAUAUUAUGUUGGGUGUGUGUGCCAAUGGACUGCUUAUCUACAAGGAUCGGCUCCGGAUCAACCGCUUUGCUUGGCCUAAAAUUCUUAAAAUUUCUUACAAACGAAGCAAUUUCUAUAUUAAAAUUCGACCUGGAGAGAUGGAGCAGUUUGAAAGUACUAUUGGUUUCAAGUUACCUAACCACCGAGCUGCAAAAAAAUUGUGGAAGGUUUGUGUGGAACACCACACUUUCUUCAGAUUGGUGUCUCCUGAGCAACCUCCAAAGACCAAGUUCCUGACGUUAGGUUCAAAGUUCCGCUACAGUGGUCGAACCCAAGCUCAGACACGACAGGCAAGCAACCUCAUAGAUAGGCCUGCACCAUAUUUUGAGCGUACUUCAAGCAAACGAACAUCGAGAAGUCUUGAUGGAGCUCCAGUAGACACCAUGAAUGAUGUGCAGGAUUCUUCUACUCCAGCAGUUUCUCAGAGCUCCACAGCAGAGGUCACUGUUACAACCACUGAUGAAAAGACAGCAGCAAAGGACAAAACCACUCCUUUCAAAACUGCCCAGUUAGACAUGCCUGUGGAAAAGACAGAAGAGGAAGAAGUGCAACAGCAAAAGAAUAAGUCAUUGGGCAUAGACGGGGGAAAUAUUUAUAUCAGGCAUAGCAAUUUAAUGUUGGAGGAUCUUGAUAAGACCCAGGAGGAUGUAUUGAAACAUCAAGCUAGCAUUAGCGAACUAAAACGCAGUUUCAUGGAAUCCACACCUGAACCACGUCCAAAUGAAUGGGAAAAGCGAUUCAACUCACCCUUAUUGCUGCAAACAGAAGGGAGCUUAGAAGAGGAGAUAACAUCGCUUUUGUUUAGUAAAGAUUGCUUCUCAACGGGCUUGGUGGCCUCCUUCCCAUCAGCUAUUUCUCCGGCAUCAGAGGGUGCUGUAUUGAAAGAAAAAACUGCUGCUGAAUCUAUUACUCUCUCACACUCCAAGCAGUUGUCUGAGGAUCUCACUUCAAGAGCACAAGGGCUUCCAGCUGGACCUAGAGAUGUUGCUGAGAGCUCAGAUGAGAAACAGAAACCCGAGAUGAAGGAGCAGGCAGAGGUUGUAGUAGAAGAAACAAUAGUGAUUGAAGAGAGAAAGAGAACAUCCAAUCGUUCAAAAGUAAAAAAGGAAACAACUGUUGAAAGCAAUACAGUUAUGCCCCCCUCUAAAGUUACAGCAAAAGAGGGUUCAGUUUCAUCAUCUGAUAGCAAUAGUGAGAGUGAGGACGAGGCUGAGUAUAACCCACAGACCAAGGAAGGAGAAAAUGAAAACCAAGAAGAACAGAAUAAAUUUGAGAUGCUGAACAGAGUGGCAGUGGAGUUCAAGAUGGUAAUGAAAGCAACAAAAGAACCUCGAGUUGAUGAAAUUAGUGACCAACUGGAAAAUGUACAAGAGGAGAUGCAGAAGGGAGAAAUCCAGGAAGAAAUCCAGACAGAAGAGCAAGAGGAUACAAAGCCUAAAAUAAAUGGAGAUGUUUCACAUGUUGAUAGUGAUUCUGAUCCACAAGUUGUAUGUUACUCAGAGCCACCUGUAGUAAAGACUGAAAUGGUGACGAUUUCUGAUACAGUGAGUUCUGACAAGAUGGAAAUUGCAACUAAAGAAGUUCCAAUUGUUCAAACUGAGACGAAGACCAUUACCUAUGAGGCUGCUCAGGGUGAUGGAAGUGGAGACAAUGAUCCUGGUGUUCUGAUGAGUGCUCAGACCAUAACUUCUGAAUCCGUCUGUACUACAAUGACAACUCAUAUUACCAAGACAGUGAAAGGUGGAGUGUCUGAAACAAGGAUUGAAAAACGAAUUGUUAUCACAGGCGAUACAGACAUUGACCAUGACCAGGCAUUGGCCCAGGCGAUAAAAGAAGCCAAAGAGCAGCACCCAGACAUGUCAGUCACCAGGGUAGUGGUACAUAAAGAGACAGAGCUCACUGAGGACGGGGAGGAAUAAGUUAAGAAAUGAACAUUGCUCAAAACCUUAACUGAAGGAGUUUAUUCCUUGCAGUGAACCGUCAUUGGAGGAAAAUCAUCUUUCAGCAUUGGCAACUAUGACUCUCACCCCCCCAUAGCAGUUUGCAAAUAGCAUGGAUAUCGAAGGGAUUGGAGGUCAACGCAAACAUUAUCACAGUUAGAUAUUUUUAUUAUUGUUUUGAACGGUUAGCCUGUAAUUAGACCAUUCCUCCGCAUCUAAUGUUUCCUUGAGCAUGUUUGCUGAUUAACCUACCAUAUUUACACACUAUUAAAAUUAAUUGAUCAUAAAUAAAUAUUACAAAAAAAUAAAAGCAGGAUUCCUUGUAUAAGAGAAACUAUUAUGUACAGAAUGUUGUGACUAAUUUAGAUACAGUAAGUGGCUCACUUUUGAAAGCUGAAUAAGGUGAAUAUGUUGAAACCUGAAUUGAAGAAACUUCUAGGUUUUGAGCGUGAUUAAGUAGUUAUCAAGUACUGUGAACAAAGUAAUCUGAAAAGACUUGGAUCAGACUUUCUAGUGUUUUUUACACUCUUAACAUGUCUGCUUAAAGGAAUCAGGUUUGCUUAUAAAGCAUCUUUUGGCACAUCUAUUAUGGCAGACAUUUGAAGGGGACCUAAUGCCAAGCAAACAUUCCAUUAAAUACUUUGCACUAGAGUGCCAUUUAUCAUUCUAUUUUCUUAGUCAUCAACAGAACUGGAAGAUCCAUAUUGAAGAGGAGCACUUUUCUGUUUACUUACCAGUUCUACAAAUAUAACUUUCUAGGCAGCUUCAGAUUUAAUACCUUUAAAUCAUAUUUCCUCAAUUUAAAAACAAAUCACUAUAUUGAAUACAUUUCUAUAAAUUCUUUUAAAUUCUUGCUCUUCAUAUGAAAACUCAAGCUUUAUAGUAUAGCUGUUGAUGAGCAAAUUGUGUUACAUUUUUGACUGCUUUGCCUAAUGUUUGGAGGAGAUUUUGAAGAAAAAUUAUCUGUUUACUAUGUGAUGGUCUUUUCUGUAGAUAAUAUGGCAGAAUAUUUUGCUUAGCAUUUGUUUGAAGACUGUACUGAACCUGAUGACUGUGUCAUUAUGCUUUUGGCCCUGUGUAUAGGAAAACAAGCAAAAUAGUACUUUAGCAGCUUAAAAGUUGUAUUGAGUGAUAUUUUUGCUCCCUGUAAUGCUGUUGAAAAUAAAUUUCACUUAAAUAAG